AUGAAACAUGGAGUGGCGGGGAGAAGAAAAGAUCUACCACCGUCAGGUGGAUCCGGUGGAUCCGGAAGCCUCACAACGGGGGGAAACCACCGAAGAAGGAGAGUGACCGGAGAUGAGAGGGAUUCUCAGGCAAGGGCGGUGGUUCUGGAUCCUGGAGGGGGAAGCGAUAGCGGCGGCACAAUCAACAGAGCAAGAACCAACAGAGCCAUGAGAGGCAUGAGAGAAAGGAAGAGGAGGGAGAAAAGAGAAGAUUUUCACUGGCGGGCGUGA